AUGAGUCGAUCUGCAGGGGAAGAAAAUGAGAAGACAAAGUUAGAUUUAGAUGAGGAUAGAAAGGAAUUGAGGGGGAAAAGAAGAAUAAUUGAUUUACCAGAUUUCAGUUAUGCUCUUCUUUCUCCUAUGAAGUCAUUGAGGAAGGAGAAUCAAAAGCCGCCGCCUACUAUGCUACCGACUUUGAAGGAGAAGUCAGCUACUCCGCCUUCGUCUGGUGCAAAAAAUGGCAAGUUUUAUGGGGUUGUUGGGAGUAUUGGAGGUAGAAAAUCAGUGAAUUCAGUGGAGAAGAAGAUUGGGGGUUUGAUGACUAGGAAGAGUUAUGCUAAUGUGGAGGAACUGAAGGGAUUGACUUCUAUUGCAAGGACUGCCAUUAAUGGUGAAAACAGAGUAGGAAGAACUAAUAGAGUUGCUAGCAGGACUCUUCUUGGUUACAGACAAUUAUGA